AUGAACGGAAAAAAAGUCGUUUUAUUUGCGAUGCCUAAUUCCCAGCAACUGGGCCAAAAAAUUUCCCGCGAACUGGGAAUUAAGUUGACUAAAAUUGAUGUGACCACUUUUGCUGACGGUGAGACGAUCCUAAAGUCAACCGAGACGAUUCGUAACAAAGACGUGUUCGUGAUCGGUGCUACCGCGCCGCCAGUUAACGAAAACAUCGUCCAACUUUUGAUCUUUCUCGACUCGCUCAAAAGAGCCUCUUCGGCUUCAAUCACAGUCGUGCUUUCCUACUACGGCUACGCCCGUCAAGACCGUAAGUCGCAAGGUCGCGAACCGAUCGGAGCCAAGCUAGUUGCCGAUCUGUUGGCCACGGCCGGAGCUACCAAAGUAAUCGCAGUUGAUUUACACAAUCCGUCGAUCCAAGGUUUUUUUGAUUUGCCCGUUGAUGACUUGCGCGGACAGUACAUUUUGGCUAAACAACUCAAAAAAAUCGCGUCCAACUUAAUGAUUGUUUCGCCCGACCACGGCGGAGCCGUCAAAGCCCGUCUUCUCGCCGAUAUUCUCGGCGGACCGAGCGAAAUAGCCAUCAUCGACAAAAGUCGCUCGGGACCCAACCAGUCAACUAUUCAGGGCGUUUUGGGGAACGUGGAAGGCCGCGACGUGGUUAUAAUUGACGACAUGAUUGACACGGGCGGCACGAUCGUCAAAGCGGCUAAACACCUCAAAAUGGCCGGCGCUAAGAAAAUCAUAGUGGCCGCGACGCACGGCAUUUUUUCGCGCGGGUUUGACAUUUUUAAGAAUUCGCCGGAAAUUGACCAAAUCGUGGUUACCGAUUCGAUCGAGCAAGUCACGUCCAUUAAGUCGCCCAAACUAACGGUUGUUUCGCUGGCCGAGUUUAUUGCCAAGGCGAUCGAAGCGACUUAUUCAAGCACUUCGAUCACCAAAAUUUACCACCAGAUGAAAGAACGGAUCCACAACUAA